GCGGCGGUGGAGAGGGCGUCCGCACGCCCUCCCGUCCGCCCCGCCGCGCCGCGCAGCGCCGGUCUCCACCGAUGCGCUGCACCGCGGCCGCGCCAUGACCCUGAGCUCGGAGAUGUCCGAGGCGUCGGCGCUUGCUGAGGAGACCGACAUCGAUGUGGUGGGCGAGGAGGACGACGACGACGACGACGAGGAGCCGCAGCCCCGCCGCCGCCGCCGCUCCUACACCGAGGAGGAAGAUGAGGACGAGGACGAAGAAGAGGACGAAGAUGAUGUGGGCGACCUCCACGACGACUCCCUGCUGCCGCGGUCGCCAGUGAGCGGCGGAGGCGGUGGUGGUGGUGGCGGCGGCGGCGGCGGCGGCGGGGCGGGCAGCGGGGCCAGUGCCGGCGGCUCUCGGUCCCCCUCGCGGGGCGGCCCACAGAAAUUGGCAGCGGGCGGCGGCGAGGCAGGCGGCGGCGGAGCAAGCAGCGGCGGCAAGAACAGCUUGGUGAAGCCACCCUACUCCUACAUCGCCCUUAUCACCAUGGCCAUCCUGCAGAGUCCCAAGAAGCGGCUGACGCUGAGUGAAAUCUGCGAGUUCAUCAGCGGGCGCUUCCCUUACUACCGGGAGAAGUUCCCCGCCUGGCAGAACAGCAUCCGCCACAACCUCUCUCUCAACGACUGCUUCGUCAAGAUCCCCCGGGAGCCCGGCAACCCGGGCAAGGGCAACUACUGGACGCUGGACCCCGAGUCAGCCGACAUGUUCGACAACGGGAGCUUCCUGCGCCGCCGAAAGCGCUUCAAGCGACAGCAACUCCCAGCUCCAGAACUGCUGCUGCGCGCCGUGGAUCCCACCGCCUUCCUCCCGCAGCCCCCGCCCCAGCCCCCGCAGCAGCCGCCCUGCACCUACGGACCCUACGGCUGCGGCUACGGCCUCCAGCUCCAGCCCUACCACCCCCAUUCGGCCCUCUUCGCCUUCCACCACCCCUCCCCGCCACCCCGCCAGUCCCCCGCCGCCCCCAGCAACGGCCCCGGCGCGGCGCUACCCCCUGCCGCCGCCGCCGCCGCGCCGCCGGGCCCCUUGCUGCCGGCGGCGGAGCUGGCACGGACGCCCUUCGGCUACGCGCACCCGCUGGGCCCGGCGCUGGCAGCCUCGCUGCACGCCACCAAACCCGGCAGCGGCGCGGCGCUGGCCCGCUCGCCCUUCUCCAUCGAGAGCAUCAUCGGGGGGGGGCCCGGCCCCGGCCCCGGCGCGAGCAGCAGCUGCGCCUCGCAGUCGGCUGCGGCGCCGGGGCUGGCCCGCUCGCUGGGGAGUGCCGGGGGCGGCCUGGCCCCCGCCGCCGCCCUGCCCGCCGCCCCCGGCUUCACGGCCCGGAUCUCUAACUGUUAAGGGUUUGGGAGUCUUUCCGAAGUUUGUUACCAGCGGCUCCUCAGCGAAGUUUCACCCUCUUCCAGUUCGGCCGCACGCCGGGCCGCACGCAUCAGCAGGACCC